AAAUAAACCAGGAAAACAGCUUUAAAGAAAAUAAAAAUUAAAACUUUGGAUUAGAAAUGGCAACAACAGCCUUUCUUUCAACUGCAAUCACCUUCACCCCUUCACGUUUAUCCUCUUUAUCUUCAACUUCUUCUUCUUCUACUACCAGUUUUCUUUUGAGAACACAAUCAUUAGCUUAUCCUCGCAAUGAUAAUGCCAAGAGACUUUUGAUUCUUUCCAAGGCAGCCAGCGAAUCACCCCCACAACCCUCUUUAGUUCUGUCAAAGAGAAGCCUCUCAAUCAGCUUAGUAACCAGCUUUUUCUUCGUUUUGGCUGGUAAUAAUGGUGUCUCCAAUUCUAAUGCUGCCAUUCUAGAGGCUGAUGAUGAUGAAGAGCUUUUGGAAAGAGUAAAAAAGGAUAGAAAGAAGAGGAUUGAGAGACAGGGAGUUAUCAGCACAUCCAACAAAGAAAAAGGAUAUUUACAGGAUGUUGUGUACAAGCUGAGCGAAGUAGGCCAAGCCAUUGACAACAAUGAUCUCUCUGCAGCAAGUUCAGUUCUUGGUGGCAGUACUAAUUCAGAUUGGGUUAAGAAUGCCAAUAUAGCUUUCACUAAGCUGAGCUCUAGUCCUGAGGAGAAGACUGAAGUGGAUACUUUCAAUUCAUCAUUAUCAUCAUUGAUUUCAUCGGUGACUCAAAAUGAUGUUAAAUCCUCUAAAAUUGCAUUUGUGGACUCUGCCAGUGCAUUUGAGAAAUGGACAAAUUUAACUGGGCUUGUCGCGCAGCUCAAAGGACUCUAAACUUUGAAGAACAAAGGAUUCCAGUUUUUCAUUCCGUUAUAUAUUUGUUUUGAGAGUAUAAUUGUUACAUUUUAAGUAAUUCUGGCUUCUUUUAUAUUGACUAGCCAUGGUAGCUUGAGGUCAAAAGUCUCAUUCGGCUUAUAUAUAUAUAUAUAUAUAUAUUUAUAUAUUUGCUAAAUAAUGCAAAGUUUUGAUGUUAUUAUUCUUUAUGUUCUGUAUAAACCAUCUGUAAAUUUAUAAAUGCUUUUGGUUUU